AUGCAACCAAACAAUUUCCUAGCAUCAAUACCAAAUGAACAACAAGUUAAUGGGCUUGAUGUUGACGAAUUUUUAAAUGACUGGCAUGGAGCAGUCGGAUACAACUAUUUACUUGAAUCUUUAUAUGAUAAAGAUAAAAUCGAAAAGGAAGCAAAUCGGAAUGAACAUCUUCCAAAAUUAAAUGAUAUUUUAAAAAAACAAGGCAUAGGUGAAGCUAAAUCAUACGAUGCUUUAAAUGACAAUGGUUGCUUUCCAAAUAACCCAAUUUGGUUUAAUUUAUCGUGGAUAUGUUUGCUUAUUUCACAAUUUGAGGAUACAGAAGAUGAUUUUAUGCUAAAAAAGUAUCAUAUAAAGGAUGAUAAAGGUGAUAUCGAAAGAAGGCAGACAUCUCAUAUUAUUUCUUUUCUGAAAGAUCCAUCUGAUGUUAAUGGUCCAAAUCAUGAUAUAAUAUUAUAUUUUUCUAAACAAGAUGAACUCAAUGUAGAUGAUGAACUUGAUGUAGAUAGUAGGCUUGAUGUGGAUAAUGAACCCGAUAUAGUUAAUGUACAUGGCGAGUUAACGCAUUUUCUAUUGUUAGCGAAUAUUAUAUUCUAA